GCGCAACUUGGAGACUUGGUGGUUUUAACACUGGAAGGCUUGAUUUGAUGUUGUGCAAAAGACAAAUUCCAGACAGACUUGAACUGAACGUGUUACGAAUCGGUUGUGCGCUAAAACGAUAAAAAAAUCUUCAAUUGACGAAGAAAACGAGAAGAAACCGUUUACGUUUUUCUUAUAAUUGUUUCAAAGUGAUAAGAAAGCUGUUGAAGCUCCAGUGAAUUUGUGAGUGAAAAUCAAUUGAGGUCUUACCCAGCCUCAGUAAAAAGUCUACAAGAAGCAAAUAAAGUGAGUGUGGAAUAGUGUGUCAAAUUGACCAAUAAAGUAUCUUACGUACACCCUUUCUCAUUCGGAUUUUGUUCCAAAGGAAUAAUCAAACGCUUCUGAAAUAUCUAACUGAACGGCAAGGAAUUAUCUGAAAGUUUAAAAUGUCGGCCAAAUCGGCCAACGUCUGUCGCAACAGGCAAAACCAUGGAUUAAUUAAAAAAUCCAAUGAAUUUCUGAUAAUUGCAAUGAUAGUGUUCAGUGCCAUUUUGGUACUAUCAAAUUUCGGUAUAGCUGUUUGCGCGAGUACUACCCCAGUGCGUCCUGGGUUGCCGAAACCAGCGUCUUCCAGGCUUCCUAGAACUAGUGCAAGUCAACUUUCUCAAUUGAAUAACGGAACUACAUUCAAGUUAACACCAUCAAAAUCAACAGGGAAUCAAACACGUUCCGGCAAUCUUAGAUCAAGGGAACAACAGCUACUCAACAUUUUCGAGGUCGUCAUCUCAACACUGGAGGGAAAGCUGAAACGUAUCGACAAUUUAGACAAAGCUGUUGAACAUUUGAUGAGGCGGGUUGAAGCGCUCGAUGGCCGUGUCAGUGAUAAUAUCUUGAAAACAGAUGCAGUCAUCUCAAAACUACAAAAUAUUGACAAUAAAAUCUACGAACCCAUCGACAUGGCCGGGACCCGAUCACCACGCACUUCAACUAACAUCGACAGUCGACUGGUCUCACUAGAUCAGAAAGUCAGCGACAUUGAUGUGAAAUUAGAAAUUCUAAAGAAUCAAAUCGAUAACAAUUUCUUGCCCGUGGAUGACAUCAAUGCCGAAGCGAGUGAAAAGAGACCCAUAAGCAUGAACGUUAUCGAGAUCACAAAAGCUAUGAAUGCUGAAAUCAUGAAUCAUAUGAGCAACGAAUUAGGACAACUCCGACUGACAACCGAUAACAUCGACAAGAAAUUGCAGUUCCACAUCAACAUCGUCUCGGAGAAUGUUGGGCGUAUGUUGCGAAUGGUUGGAGAUAUCCAUGAAGCUGUUGUCGAUCAUAAUGAAGCCUUUCCACCUAAUGCAACGACCACGGCACCGCCAUUGAUCAAAUCAAGCAAGAUUGAUGCGUUGGUGAAACAAAUAAGGCCAAUUGUCUCCGUUUCAGAAAAGAUGGAUGAGGUGUGGAAUGUUGUCGUUGGAACAAAAAGUUCUGUUGAUGAUUUGCUACCAAAAUCUGAUGAAUUGCUAACACAAACUCAGCGACAAGAAAGAGCUAUUGGAGAAAUUCAUCAUGAUUUGAAGACUAAGACGAACUUGAUAAUUGAGAAUCUCGAUAUCGUUGAGAAGAGAUUGAAGAAACAAGAAGAUGAUGUUUCUGUGUUGGCACAACGACCUGUCCCUGCAGAGCUUUUGAUGGAUCCCACGAUUGAUCGUCUGGUUGAAUACGAUCCAAACAGAUACUCAAUUAUCGAAGACUACACCGACCCAAUACCAACCACAACCUACCCACCUGUAACACCAUCUUCGACGUCAACUUCUACAGUAGGAACUACAACACCAGCUCCACCAACAGCUCCUUCAAGUACAUUACCACCUCCACUGCUACCGUCAAAUUCAAGUUCAACCAAAUCACCAUCACGGAAAGGUGGAAUUAUCUUCCCAAGUGUUAAGAACAAGCCAUCGGUGGUCAACACAACAUUCUCGACAGAUAUCAUCACAUUGAAGGAUGUUAAGGGCUUCUCAUGUUCGGAUCUAUUGAAUGCUGGAAUGCGACAGUCAGGUGUAUUCUACUUGCAAAUCCGCGGAACUACCUAUUGGUUCUUGAAGGUGUACUGUGAACAGGAAAUAGCUGAUGGUGGUUGGACGGUCAUUCAAAGACGUGACGACUUCGGCGAACCCCGUGAAAAUUUCAACAGAGAUUGGUCAGAUUACAAAAACGGUUUCGGCGACCCAGCUAAAGAAUUCUGGCUUGGAAAUGAAAAUAUCUAUAUGCUCACAAACAACGAAGAUUACUUACUGAGAGUCGAACUUGAAGAUUUCGAAGGUAACAAAAGGUAUGCGCAGUAUUCACACUUCAAAAUUCACUCGGAAGCUGAUUACUACAAACUUGAAAUCGACGGCUACGAAGGCAAUGCUGGAGAUUCUUUGAACGAUCCUUGGUAUGGAUCGAAUAACAGUCCAUUCUCCACAUACAACCGCGAUAACGACAGGAGCUCAUUGAAUUGCGCUAGCAUGUUGAAGGGUGGAUGGUGGUGGAAGUCAUGCGGUCGUGGUCUCAACGGUCUCUAUCUACAUGACCCACAAGAUCUCACAGCGCGUCAAGGCAUUGUAUGGUUCCGCUGGCGCGGAUGGGAUUACACUCUAAAGAAGGCGAUUAUGAUGAUCAAACCUCGUGGACCACAAUCAAAUCCACAAGGACAGGCGGGAGCAGCAUAAAUCACAUUAAAAAUCAGUAUCAGAAAAUAUUACCAUUAUAAAAAGAAUACUUCCCUACCACUACCCCUUCCCAGUCCUUGAAACCAGUCCCUCCCCUAAAUACGAAAACGUACCUUGGAAAGAAUGCUAGCCGAUUGAACUGAUUACUUGAUCUGAAUUUUAUGGAUUAUUUUUGCCUUUCUCGACACGUUUUCACCCCCUCAAUGCAUUCUGACUAAAGUUUGCUAUGAUAUAAUUCAAGUUAUUUUCACUGGCCGGUUUGGGGCAAUGUAUUAAAUUCAAAUGCGUGAUUUUCAUGUAAGUAGAUCAUAGAACCUUACAGCAGUUUGCCCAAUAGCCAUUUUGUCAAUGUUACCUGGAUUCGGUAUUCGCGGAAAAUUUAAUUUCCCCAGCCAUGUACCCACUUUCUUGAUCUACUCGUGAAAGUCGACAUGAGCCCAAAGGACCCAUAAACUGGACCCUUAUCAACAUUGGAAAAUUCGGGCAAACACCAAUAACUGAGGCAUCACCGAACAUCCUAAAGUAAUUCGAACGUAGGAUUCCAUAACAUCUCCAUUUAGGCUACCGUUAUUGUUUUUUUUUUAUUCCCUCUGACGAACUCAUGAUUUCCAUCAUUAAUUUCAUAUAAAUUAUUUUAGCAUCGCACAAAUCAUUUCAUUUAUAUUACCUACCCCGCGGAUAAUAGUCUUCCCAUACUCCUCCCAACUUUCUGUUGAGCCUACUUUCCCCUCACAUUUUAGCUUACUUAAUUUUAAGUACGCAAAGGUAUUUUCCUUGGUUUUGCUAAUGCAAGAUGUUUAGAAGACAUUCAAAAAGAAAACGAUUUCUGCAUUUCACUCUGUUCAUCGUUAGUUUGUUUCAAGCAGGUUUAACUCUUUGACAUCUGCUAAAAUUCACUUUCUGAUUCACGAAAGCAAACUAUGAAGUUAAUAUGUGAGGAAACUGUUUUUCUUUUCAUGGUAGAGAAAUUGUGUAAAUAUCGUUUUUAUGCGUAAAUGUACAGUGUUUUUAUAUGUAUUUUAUAAAUAGAUAAUAAAAUAAUAAAUAAGGUAUUUUUGUAGUAAA